UUAGACGGACAGAAUCUUCCUUUUCCAUUGCUUGGCUUCUUCAUUCGAGAUAUCACACUCGAUCAAUCCGUUCUGGAGAAGCGACGUUGCCCCCCCCAUUAGAGCAGCUGCAGACGGCGGAGGAGGAGGAGGAGGAGCGAUGGGGUGGUGGAGGUGCGGCGUGAAGAGCCUGAGGUACUCGACCAUGGUGCUGGGCUCGUCCAACGCGGCGGUGGUGGCCCUGGGCGGGUGUCUCCUCCUCCUCUCUCUCCCCUCCUGCGGCCCUCGCCGGACGCUCCCUUUCGCCGCUGUCGCCUUGGCCGCGGCCGUCCGGAUCGUCGCCAUGGUCAAUACGGGGAUCGCCCAGCAAGCCACGGCCACGACCGUCCUCGAGUCUUCCGAGAGCCCGGUCGUCGAUGCCGUUAUCCGCCAUCAGAGACAGACGAGGUAUAAAAAAUGGAUUUGGUGGACCCGAUUUGCGACGGUUGUCAUGAUGGUGCAAUUUGUGGGUGCAACUUAUCUUGUGCUCAAGAUAUUUAAGUCUAUUUCCCACAAUGAAACAACGAGUGACUGCAUCUUAGGGAUUGUCUCCAAAGGAAGCAUGUGGAAGCGGAAUAUGCUGGCUUUAUUCAUUGUCAUGGUGUGUUUUGUUGCACUACUUCAGUGUUUUACGGGCUCCGAUGUUCUAAGGUGGAGAUCAUUUUAUGCAACUGAGGACAAUGCAUGGAAGGCCCACUAUAGGGAGGUAUUUGAUCAUGGCAUGCGUGAGGCAUUAUGCUGUCUUGGACGUGUAAAAUACUUGAGUGUUAUGGAUGAAGAUGAAGUUUAUUCAGUAGCACGAGUACUUGGGGAUCUUGUUGCCUAUCGUGCAUCAGGCACUGGCCACCUGGAACUUUUGGCAGGCCUAGCUCUGUUUCAGAGGAACAGUUUUUCAUCACAACCUCAUGAAGGGCUAAUAAAUGCACCUAGAGGACAAAUCGAGGAGGCAGCCACUCUUCAUAAGUUUGCUGAAGCUGCAUACACGGGUCCUUUGCUCGAUUUUGGAAGAAAUCCCUUCAUCUUUCCAUGUGCAUGGCUCUACAGGCAGGGGAUUUUAACUCCCUGGUCCUGCAACAGGAGGCCAAAACUUCAUGGCGAUAAUUGGUGGCGUGGUCAUGCAGCUGCCUUCUUGAAGUAUGCUGGUCUGCCUCUUGAUGCACUUCGCCAAGGCCGUGUCUGUCAGGAAAAAUGUGAGGCUGCAUAUUUCAUAGUUGUUCUCCAUCAUGCAAGGACGGUUGUAGUUGCUGUUCGUGGAACUGAGACACCUGAAGACCUCAUAACAGAUGGUUUAUGCAGAGAAUGCACCCUCUCUGAAGAAGAUUUGGAUGGAUUGAUGAGUGACCCUUGCUCCGACAUAAGGCAAAAUAUCGAAACCUCUUUCCCCCAUUAUGGGCACUCUGGGAUCGUUGUGGCUGCACGAGAACUUUUUCUGCAAAUUGAAGGAAAUCCUAGAAACAAUGCAGGAGACGAGGAGCCCACAUUCAGGAGCCAUCUGUCCUCAUUGAUGGGUCCGGGAUGUGAGUGUGAUGGUUAUAAUUUGCGGAUAGUGGGGCACUCACUUGGAGGUGCCAUUGCUGCUAUGCUAGGCCUUCGACUGUAUCGUCGCUAUCCAAAUCUCCAUGUGUAUGCAUAUGGAAGCCUUCCAUGUGUUGAUUCAGUGGUGGCAGAAGCCUGUUCGGAUUUUGUGACAAGCAUUGUAUACGACAAUGAAUUUUCUGCACGCCUUUCAGUGGGAUCGAUCCUCCGACUUCGUGCAGCUGCCAUUAUGGCACUUUCUCAAGAUUCAAAAACUGAUACAGCAUUGAUCUAUAGACUCGCCCGUCGAUUUCUAUAUCUCGGCCAGUAUCAAUCACGGGGAAUUAAAAAACUCUCACCUGGCUCGGUAUUUAACUCUGAUCCAGUCUCAACUGGAGAACAUGGUCCAAACGUUUGUGGGGGCCAAUAUUCUAAUAAGGAUAAAGGAAAGGAGGAACAUUUCAGCGAUUUGUUCCUCUUGGGGCGGCCAGCUGUGAAAGAAAUGGUUGUUGAUGUUGACCAUGCCAAUCUCACCAGCCCUUUUGAAGAUGACAUUUCGAUUGCAAAUUCAUUUGGUGAUCCUGUGACCGAAUUUAUGGAGACUGUCCCAAAUUCUAACCAUACUUCAGCUGAUGAUCCAAAAGAGAUGUUUCUACCAGGUCUCAUUGUCCAUAUAGUUCCUGAUAAGAGGAGCUUGGUCGCUCCCAUUUGGAAAGCAUUGACAAUCAACGAGAUGCCACAGAAAUUUAAAGCAUAUAUAUCAGACAGAGAGACUUUCAAAGAUAUUGUGGUCUCCCCUUCAAUGUUUCUUGACCAUCUUCCUUGGAGGUACUUGCAUGCGUUUUUUCCUUUUUAUAACGGGAUUGUUGUAUGUUGCCAUCGUGUUGACUGGGUAUAUGUAUACCAGAUGCCACAAUGCUCUGCAAAACAUAUUGGCUGCUCAAGACUCUGAUAUAUGAAACGGCAUAUCUUUUGGGGAACUUCUGUCAGAUCAACGAAGACAUGGGUUAUUAUGUCCAUAAGCUGCAGUGUUUGCUUUCAAGACUUCUGGACAAAGCUGCGUGACAACUCCUGCUAAGUGCACAAGUUGACCCGGAGGAUUUCUGGAAGUAAACUUAACACACUAAAAGAAUUAUCCGCGUUGGUUCUUGUCAUUUGAUUUCUUGUAUAGGGAACUAACAAAAUUGCUUCUCCUCAGUGAAUUACUUGAAUUAGGAAACUAACUGUCUGGGGUAAGUGCUAGUGAAGUGUCGGUUACCUAUUUUUUUCUGGAA